UUACGCGGUUUACUUUACGAAAGGUAGUUGUUAUAAGUUCAGAUAUUGUCUAGGCAUCUGAGAAAUAAAUACGAAUGGAGCUCCAAGAUGUAUUUUACUCCAAGUCACAAUACAUUGAAACCGCUAGUGGAAACAAAGUCAGUCGAAAAUCUGUUCUCUGUGGAAGUCAAAACAUUGUAUUAAAUGGCAAGACCAUAAUUAUGUCUGAUUGUAUCAUAAGAGGUGACCUGGCCAACAUACGUAUUGGGCGACAUUGUGUCAUUGGGCGGAAGGCUGUUAUUCGACCACCGUUUAAAAAGUUUAGUAAAGGUGUCGCAUUUUUCCCUCUUCAUAUAGGGGACAACGUCUUCAUUGAGGAGGAUUCUAUUGUCAAUGCAGCACAAAUUGGUUCUUAUGUACAUAUUGGUAAAAACUGUGUCAUUGGUCGGCGUUGUGUAUUAAAAGAUGCGUGUGCAUUAAGAGACAAUACAGUACUGCCACCUGAGACAGUUGUGCCUCCAUUUAGCAUAUUCAGUGGUUCACCCGGUCGCUUGAUUGGUGAACUACCUGAGUGUACACCAGAUUUAAUGGUUGACUUGACACAUGGAUUCUAUCAACAUUUUUUGCCUUCAAACGAACCUGAAUGUGAACUCUAAUAAUCAGCUAGGUCGGUCAUAUACUUUGCUUACUGUACCGUGAUGUCUUACGAUUUGUGGGGAUGGGCAAUGUGAUGAUGCUGUUUUGUGAUCUUAUUCUACGUGUUACUAUUCUUUAUUUGGUUUUACUAACUUGAAGUUUUAUCAAUUCUUACACAAAUAUCUCCGUGUAAGCUUUAAGUAUCAUCUGUUUGUAAUAACUUAUCUGAAGAUUGCUCUAACAGUUAAUUUCACGAUACGCGGAAUUUGUUGGUGCAAUAACCUCUUGGUUUGAUAAUUUUUAAGAAGCUUGUAUCGUUUGUUCAAUACAGAGAGGCCGAUUAAUUAUAUUUGAAUAUUUCCAUUUAAAAAUAUAAAUAAAAACUUCAGCGAAUAA